UCUAUCACGUGUAGAACAACAGCUGGAAAAAGUUAGAGCCAACAAGUGACUGACCAGUAGUGACUGUGAUUCUUCAGCGGAAAGACGUAGCAGCCCAAAGCCCGCCCUCACACAAUUACAACUUGCCAUGGGUUGGAUCGGCAGAGUGCAAGACCGCAUCGCGGCCAGGUACAUGCUGUGCCUCAUGUUUUUCUUGGGCUUGACCGUCACGUUCCUGCUUCGUGUGAACAUCAAUCUGGCCAUUGUAGGCAUGGUGAACAGCACAAGCGUGGAGCCGACAAGCCAGGAGGAAGCCCUGUCCAGCGCGUCGGGAGGUUGUCUAGCGGCCAAUGUCAGCGUCUCUACAAAUAAACAGGUGGUGGACGGGGCGCAGGGCGAGUUCAGCUGGGACGAGGUUCAACAGGGCAUCAUCCUGAGCUCCUUCUUUUGGGGCUACCUCAUCUUCCAAAUACCCGGAGGCCGCAUUGCGGAAGUGGUGGGCGCUAAGCGGGUAUUCGGUGGGGCGGUGCUCAUCAACGGGGCGCUGGCCAUCGUGUUACCUUUCCUGGCACGGACACACUGGAUUCUGCUGCUUGUCGUCCGCGCCAUGCAAGGUCUGGCCCAAGGCGUAGUGUUUCCUGCCCUCAGUGCUGCUGUAGUUAGCUGGGUGCCUCUUCCUGAGAGGGCCAGGUUCGUCUCUUUUGCUGUUCAAGGAGCGUCGUUGGGCACGGUGGUAGCAAUGCCUCUCUGCGGACUCGUGUUGAACGCGUGGGGCUGGGAGGCAGUGUUCUACGUGAGCGGGGUCCUCGCGUUUGUGUGGUGUGUAGCCUGGUGGCUUCUCGUCUUUGAUACACCAGACCAACACCCGAGAAUUUCUCGCGACGAGAGGCAGUACCUGAAAGACAACCUUGGCGAUAACAACAACGUCAAGAAGCCGCCUGUGCCAUGGAAGUCCGUCGUGACGUCGUGGCAGUUCACCGUCGGCUACAUCGCCGCUGUGGGGAACGACUGGGGCUUCCACACAUUUAUGACACUCGGACCCAAGUACUUGAAAGGAGCACUGGGAUUCGACAUCGAAAAGAGCAGCUGGUUCACCAGUCUGCCUUACUUGGGUCAGUGGAUUUUUGCUAGCAUAUAUGGUACUUUCGCAGACACGUUGUUGAAACGGAAGAAGAUGUCACUGCUUGGAGUUCGGAGGAUGUCAAUCGUCAUCUCACAUCUGCUCCCGGCCAUCAGCCUCGUAGCUCUCUCAUUGACAGGGUGCAACACCACAUUGGCCGUAGCCAUCCUUACGAUAGCAGUGACAGUGAUCGGUUCCUAUGCCAGCGGCUUCUUUCAGAGUCCAAUGGAUGUUGCACCAAACUUCGCAGGUUCACUGACAGGAGUUAUGAAUGCCAUUGGAUCAAUAACACCCAUUAUCUCCACUCCAAUUGCCGGUGCAGUCUUGCAGAAUGAUAGCACUACUAAUGGAUGGAGAGGUAUAUUUUGGAUAGCGGCAUUAAUGUACACACUGUGCAGUCUUCCAUACAUCAUAUGCUUUAAUGCCCAGAUACAACCUUGGAAUAAUGCACAGAAAGAAGAGGUGAAGACUACUGCAGUGUUAGUCAUGUCCAAUGUUGUGACAUCUGAUGCAGAAGAUUCAUAUGUUGAUGCUCUGACAAAAUCCAAGCAAGGAUAAUGAGAAUGCAAAUAAUUACAAUUACAGGAAAUUUUCAAGGUGAAAGUUGCCUCACCCCUAAUUUUCCUUACAGUUUGUCUACAUAUAUAACCUAUUGUUCUCUGAACUUCAGUCCACCUCUCAAAUUUGGAAAAUCCAACAUUGCUGAGUAAUUAUGUUACUCAGAGUUUCAACAUCUGUGGUUUAAAUUAUAGAACUUGUGUGCCAAAAUUAAAAAAGUAUGACUUGAAAGAACUUGUCUUCAGAUAUUUCCAUUUAUGCAAGAAGGUUAACUGAAAGCUACAUAACCUUUAAAGCGUAAAAUGUUUACGUGUGUUUUUGAUCUGCUUGUCAUAAUGCAGCUACCAUUCUACAAAAUAUGAUUGUGGCCGGGGCCAUGAAAUAUUUUGUGUUUACAGAUUUUCUCAUUUUUUUGCCGAUCAUAAUUUUCACUGGUUUUAAUUUAUAAAUGAAUUGUCAUAUUUGUCCCCUACCAAUCCUAAACAGUUCUAUACUGACUGAAAUAAACUGCAUUACCCAAAUUUCAGAAUUUAAUGAGUCUUUGUUACAAACUUUGAUUAAAUAUCAUUAGAGUGAGGAAAUCAUUCAUAUUUCUAUUCGUAUUUAUGAACAUUUACACUGUUAGACCCUAUAUUCAUUUGCUCAGUGACAUUAAAGAUUUUUUAAUUAGCCCAUAAUUUAUGACACAAUGAGAGACAUCAUUCUUGACUUGAUUGCUGCAUGAGUGUUUCUAUGGUUUUAGUAACAAAAGAGCCUGUAAUAUUUUUAUAUGUAAGAGAAUUAUAUUAUAUAUGAUUUGAUGUGGCUGUUCAGCUGAAUAUGUAUUCAUUUGAUUAAUGAAUCGUCUAGCAGACUAUAUUAAAAACAAAAGGCAAUAUUAAAGUUCGAUUUAAAAUCUGGUA